UUCCCUUGGCAGAGAAGCGACACCUGCUACAGUGGGACAGUGAUAUCGCGUACCGGAAAGGAUCAACGAAAAUCAGGGUACCAAAUUACCCUCCUUUGCGCCAGUUACUACUCAAAGAAUACCACGAUGUCCUAUACGCAGGACACUUUGGUAGCAACAAGACACUGACCGGUAUUGCAAAGCACUACUACUCGUCCCACUUGGCAGAAGAUGUUCAGAAAUUUGUCACCUCAUGUGAUACAUGUCAACGGAUGAAGAGCAGCAAGCAGAAGAAAGCGGGACUACUGCAGCCUCUUCCUGUCCCAGAACAAUCAUGGCAAGUGGUUAGCCUGGAUUUCAUCACCGGGUUACCACCUACCAUCAGCGGUCAUGACGCCAUCCUUGUCGUCAUCGACAAAUUCUCCAAAAUGGGACACUUCAUCCCGACACACACGAAAGCACGCACCGAAGAAACAACACAACACUUCGUUUGCUACAUCAUCUCACAACAUGGCAUUCCAACCACACUCAUCUUUGACCGAGACCCCAAGUUCACCAGCAAGUUCUGGAAGGAACUAAUGUCUCUGCUCGGGACCAAACUCGCCAUGUCAUCCGCCUACCAUCCACAGACAGGCGGACAGACCGAUUGCCUCAACCAGAUUGUCGAGCAACUCCUCCGAGCAGCCUGCAAGGACGAGAUCUCCAAGUGGGACUUACACCUACCUGUUCUCGAGUUUGCCUACAACAACGCUACUUAUGCCACUACUGGACAGACACCGUUCGUCCUCUGCUAUGGACGCCACCCACUCACACCACAGAAACCGACAACAUCAGCUACACCAUCUCUCAUCUAAACUUCGACCUCGCUUCUGCGAGC